CUCUCAUAUGUGCACUGAAGAGAUAAACAGUCCACAUGAGUGUCGCUCUCAGCCAUUCCUUCUCUCUGCACACCCAGGUGAGCCUGGAAGAGGAUAAAAAUGGGUCCUGAGAGGUCACUCUUACAAGGCCAACGGACUCUCUGUAUCUUUCUUUGACAAAAUCUAUGGUUCUUUGGUUUCUUUCUGUUCAAAAAGUUCUCCAAGAACCCACAAACACAGAUACACACACACAAACACACAUUAUGUUCCCAUCCAUGAUGACCAACAGCAAUCCCAACCCUCCUCUCUAUCUUCUCUCUCCAUCACUCCCCAAUACCUCAUCUGCUCCCACAAACCAAGAAAUGAUCAACCAAACCAUCCUCUCCCACAACCAAAUGCCGUUCACAGAUCAUCACUUCUUCUUGCCCAACAAUCACAUUUUCCCCCUAAUUACUGAAGCUCCAAUUGACAUGGGGAGUCCUAAAAAUGGUGGGAAAGUUAGCUCAUUACUUCCAGCUAAGAAACCCCUGAAGAAGGACAGGCACAGCAAGAUAAUCACCGCACAGGGCCUCCGGGACCGGAGGGUGAGGCUCUCGAUCGAGAUCUCGCGCAGGUUCUUCGGCCUCCAGGACAUGCUAGGGUUUGACAAGGCGAGCAAAACCCUAGAGUGGCUCCUUACGAAGUCAAGGAAGGCCAUCAAGGAUCUGGCCAAGGCCAAGUGCAAGGGCUCGGUCUGCAGGCUCGUCGACGAUGAGAAGGGCUGGUCUUCUUCUACUUCCGAGUGCGAUCAGGCUGUGUCGACAAGGGUUGUGAUCGCUGAAAAUGGCAUAGUUCCUAUGGAUGAGAAGAGGUCAAUGCUAGUAGGAGACAGUGACCACCAAGGGAAGUUUAAGAUGGUGUCAUCAAAUCGAGAUGGUGGGCUUCAUGUUUUUGCUAAAGAGUCUAGGGUAAAGGCAAGGGCUAGGGCAAGGGCUAGGACCAGAGCAAAAAUGAGCAACAACAACACAAGGCUUGAUCACCAUGACCAGUCCAAGAAAUUUUUAUGCCCUGAUUCGCAGGUCGCUAGUGAAGACAAAAAAUCAAAUCAUCAUGUUCAAGCACAAGCUGAUCACCAGGCAUUCAGUGACCAUCAGGAGGAGGUUGAUAUUGAGCAAUCUGUUCUGAUCAAUAGGAAGCUGAAGCAAAGUUCAGUCAUCAUUAAUAAUUUCCAGAAAAACCUAGAAUUUGUUGGGAAAGAUAUGAUCUGCAACAUUGACAACAAUAGCCAAUUUUACGACUACGAUGUAACUCAUCAGAACUGGGACAUCAACCCCGCAAUUGCUCGAUCCACCUUUUCUGCAGUCACCAACAUGAACUUUUCAUCAGGGGUUCUGGUAUGUGGAAAGCAAUGGGAUUCUCCAAACAGCCAUUGUCUACUAUAAUAAAGGGCGAUACAUGAACCUAUGGAAUGAGAUUUGGAUCCACAAGACGGUAUGGGUCUCCUAUGUGUGGAAUAUUGAUCUUUGGCUCACCCACCCCAAUAGCUAGAUUUUGGGAUGGGAUUCUCCUAAGCCGCAUAUCAAUUAGUAUCGCAAUCUACAAAAUUUUCUUUGUCACAUUUAUCAAUGUGUGGAUAUCUAUAAUAAUCAGAUGUAUUCAUUUAGAUGUUGAAUAUUUAUCUAGGUCAAGCUACCGUUCAAAAUCAUUAGCUCGAAAUUAUCAUUUUUAGUUUUUCCUGUUUA